AUGGCAAAGCUGAUAAACUUGAUUCUGCUUUUUGCCGUUGUGCUAGUCAUCAACGGCAAAGUCUUUGCCGCAUAUAGAUUUGAAUCAACAAGGAGCUUACUAAAUUUAUACGAAAAUUCAAUGCAAACGGAUUUCAAACAUAGGCGAGUCUUUGUUCGCAGAGUAAAACACAAGAAGAAAAAAAAGAGCAAUAAAAAGCCGCCUGCUGUCAAGCCAGCUUCCAAGCCAGCUCCCAAGCCAGCUCCCAAAAAGGUUUACACCAAAAACCCAUGCAAAUCAUUUGUAGAGAACUUUUCCAAACCCCGCAUAGCUGAAGCUUCUUCGUUCUCGGGUGACCAGUCGUCUGCUGAUUGGAUCAAUCUAUCAGGUAGCAAAUCCGCAUAUACUGUUAAUAACGGCCUCCUAACUCUCAACCUUCAGAAACCAUCCAAGUACGAACGCAUUAAUUCAGAUCAAGGUCCAUACAACAAAUACGGUGGAUCGGGAGCAACGUUUAAUUCGUCAUACUUGAUGCAUUAUGGUGUUGUCGACAUUACAUUAAAGGCAAACCCUGUUGGCGGGUGUGUAACAGCCUUUAUAACCAUGUCACCAGAAGGAGAUGAAAUUGAUUACGAAUGGGUCGGAAAAGAUGUUCACCGAGUUCAAUCCAACUGGUAUUGGAACGGUGUUAUUACCUGGGGAGCUCACGGUGGAAUUCACGAAAUUCCCAAUAACAAAGCCAUUUCCGAUUUCAACACGUAUACGAUCGACUGGAACCCAGAUAGAAUUAUCUGGAAAAUAAAUGGCCAAGCUGUCAGAACUUUAACUAAACAGGAAACCUUCGAAAAUGGCAUAUAUAAAUAUCCAAAUAGACCAAGUCAUAUCCAGUUUGGAAUUUGGGAUGGAAGUACUGCUCCUGGAACUGCUAAUUGGGCGAAUGGACCCAUCAGUUGGGACCAAGAGCCAAAUGUGUUGACUUCACAAAUUGAUACUGUUAGUAUUAAAUGUGAUCCAAACUUUAAUGAAGCUCCUUGA